GCAGAAUGCAAAAGACUGGGCCCAAAAAGUACACUGGUCGAGAAAUCAAUCGAAGAUCUUCGAUAAUUCUGUCCUGAUGGUCGAAAAACUGAAGGCCCUUGGGUACUUUCCUCUCCUCUUCUGGGGGAAGUACCACAAUAAAAAUAAGAAGUGGACGGCCCAGCUCCAGUGCCCCUUCGAGCUGCCACUGGUAGCCCAUGCGGUCCUGGAAAAAAUGCAUGGGAUCCUGAGACAGAGGGUCUAGGGCAGCAUGAAAGGACUGGAGAAGAAGAUGACCAGACAGAACAGGGGGAGGGAGGUGAAAUGGAUGAGACUGAGGGAACUACUGAGAUGCAGGAGAUGGAGACAGAAGGGGACAUAGAGACACAGACAGACAGAUUAGCGAGUGAAGGACUGGAGAGAGGAGAGCUGGAGGGACAGAAAGACUCAGAGGAAGAGUUUGGACCGGUGGUGGCAGGAGAGAUGGAGGCAGGCAAGGAGAAAGAACAGGUGGUGGAAGUGGAGAAAGAAGAGUUUGAGGCAGAGAAAAAAGCAAUCGACAGAAAGAGAGCUGUUAAAAUAUCAGCAAAAAAGAAGCGAGGCAAGAAAAAACAAAACAAGGAGGAAGUGUGUGAAUAUCACAGCAAACUGGACGCGUUUCCAGUGCAAUCUGUGUCAAAGACACGUGAAAGUAAGGGCUGUAAAGAAGUGCUGGUCCAUUGGCUGCCCUGCCCUGCAUGGUAAGUUCAGAUUUCUUGUUUAACUCAAUUGUCAAUAAAUUGACAGUUCGGCCUAAUUAAUAAUGGAGUGUAACGGGUACACCUGUAUGUUUGUAUACCUUAUGUAUGCCAUGUGAUCUUUGUAGUGUAUCUGUGACUCUGGUUGUUCUAUAUGUAUACCUGUGUUUAUGUGUAUUCUCUCGACUGCCCAAGGCAAAUCUCUCCCAAGGGAGACAAUAAAUCUCUAUCUAUCUA